GUAGAAGAAGAAGAAAACGCGACAAAAAAAAAAUCGAAAGAGGAACAGCAGCCUUAAGCUGAUGUAAAAGCAGCAAGUGACAGAGCAAUAAUGUUUUCUCUACGUGUCUCUGUGAACUGAAGUGAGUUUCCAAGAAGAAGUAGGACUGACAGACAGACAUGUUUUACGCCGUAGACUUCAUAUCGUGUUGUAGGCUAUGAGUUUGUGUGAUGGAGGACGGUCAGUGUGGGGACGUGGACUACCUGAUCCAAGAUGAGGAUACACUAAUUGAAGGUGUCAGCAACCAGGUUUUAUUUGUUGUAGUCCUCAGUAUCACCUUUCUGGCAGGUCUGCUCACUCUACUCUGUAGACAAGAGCAGCAAAAUAUUCAUCCUGAGAAUCAGGAGCAUGUUCGGGCUGUCCGACAGCAGCUCCAAACAGAACAGGAUGAAAAUCCUCAGGCAGAGGCAAGGCAGCAGUAUUACACAGACAUGUCUUGUCCUGUGUGUUUGCAGCAGGCUGUUCUGCCUGUGGAAACUAACUGUGGACACCUGUUUUGUGGCUCCUGUAUCGUAGCCUACUGGAGGUAUGGCACCUGGCUGGGAGCUAUCAACUGCCCAAUCUGUAGACAAAUGGUGACAUUGCUCUUCCCAUUAUUUCAUGAGCAUGCUGCUCCUCAGAGGGUCGGGGAUGGGGAAGCUGAACCUCAGCUUAUAUUAAGAGACAUUAAUGAUUACAACCGCAGGUUUUCAGGCCAGCCAAGAUCUCUUAUGGACAGGCUGCGAGAUGUGCCAACCCUGCUUCGUCAUGCCUUCAGAGAGAUGUUUUCUGUAGGAGGCCUCUUCUGGAUGUUCAGGAUUCGAAUUCUUCUCUGCCUAGUCGGCGCAAUCACCUACCUGGCUUCACCACUUGACAUCCUUCCGGAGGCACUUUUUGGUCUGCUUGGAUUCAUGGACGAUUUCUUUGUGAUCCUGCUGCUCUUUGUGUACAUCUCUAUCAUGUACAGAGAGGUGGUUACACAGAGACUGAAUGGCUAAGGUCUAGAUCAAAAAGAGGCCUUAGCUCACUAAAAUGAGACCUGAAUACAGUGAACUCAACAUCUGAUGUGUUGACACUUUUUAAAAGAAUGGUCUGAGGACAACUGAUCAAUAACACUUUUCUCAAAAGGUUUUACUCUAAUGCUUGUGAUGUUACUUCAUCUGUGGAGAAGGUUUAGCAAAGGGUUUAUUUCAGAAUGUUUUGCACGUAGAGUGAGUUCUAGUGGUUCAGUGAUGGAAUCAGUUGUUGUUUUCUUUGCCAACAACUUUAUAAUAUGAAAAAGGAUGUAUUGUGAUGAGAUGCUGUGAAUAUAAUUCUUCAGUCAGAUUCUGCUGUAAGCCAGACAACAUCCUUUUGGCUUUGUCAGACCUAGCUAGUGGUGCCAGUUCUAUGACAAUAUUGCCAAAGUGUCAAUUUAAUUGUAACUUAAUUUUAAUGAUGACAUUUUUGUCAUGGCAGGUGAUUUCAUGUAUAGAACGUGUUUGAACCACAAGAAUGUCAUUAAUUCUAAUGUAUGCAUUUAAAUUUGGUUAUCUGCUGCAUCUGUAUCACCAUACCACCAAUGGGGUUUGGUUUUUUUUCUUUCCCAUGAAUCACAUUGUGGCACUUAACAGCUUGUUGGAUACUGAUGCACAAAUUUAAGUACUCUUGUGACUGUGCAUAUUUAUACUGUCCCAUAAAACAGCUCAAGCUUUUCAUGCUUGGCCAAAAAAAAAAAAAAAUCACUGGAAUAUUUCACCUGCAUUAUCAUGGCUCUACAUUUUUUGUCCAAUCUCUGAAGUUUUGAAACUUCCUGUGUAGAUGUGAACUGAUAAUGCAAAGGGUAACAGUUAACUUGCAAUACAUGUUGAAUGUAAACUCUCUAAAGUUUUGAGUGUUCUCUUUAUGUUUCUUUUUUAAUGAGUUUGGAUGUUACCAAAUGUACAGUCCUCCUCAUGCUCAGAUUUGGUGGUUGAGCACAAAGCUUUCAGUCAUUUCAAACUACUUCAGAAAUGUCUAUGUCCCACUUUUUUUUAAAUUUAUAAUCAAAAUAAAAUAGUUGAAGGUUUGAA